UGCAGCUGGGCAGACCCACGCAGGGACAUCCUCUACAUCUGAAGUCAACCUCACAAGAUUUGCAGCCAACACUAUAAAUUAUUGGAUGGUCUAGGUCAUGCUUUUUCAGCCUGCCCAUUAAGGGACAUUCUCUGAUAUUCAGAAGUUUGAGGUGGAUCAAUGGAGCCCAGAAGCAGCAGGAAUUUGGAGAAUACAGUAAAGAAGUUCUGUCAUGAUCCACUUGCUCCCAAAAAGCUCAGCACAAGCAAGAAAUUGCCCACCUUAGCAAAAUCACCCAGCGGCCUGGAAACUCCACCCAAGACUAAAAAAGGCAGCUGUGGAGACAAACAAGUAGAAAUCACAAUUGAGAGAAUCAAAGUGGCAAAGAGCCUCAAAGACAAGCAGAGCAACGACUUAGAGAAAGUAGCCUUAAAACGGAAGGCAGAAGGUGAGGAAAGGCCAGCUGGAAAGAAAGAGGCAAAGAUAAUAGAACUUGACAGUCAGAUAGUCACGGUGCCUCUGCCUCAUAUCCCCUUAAAGAGCGUAAUGGAUGUAGAGGUGAAGCUGGUCUACGUUGAUGAAGAGGACGUGAGCUAUGAGUUUGGCCAGUCCUUCAUGUGUUCUGGCCUUCAGCCAACCUGCCAAGCUGCUGAGCGAGAAUACCCUCUGGGCACACCUGAUUUCAGCUUUCUGCCUCAAAUGGACAAAUGGCUUCAGGUAGCCUUAAAGGAUGCCAGCACCUGCUAUAGACAAAAGAAAUAUGCGUUGGCAGCAGGACAGUUCAGAACAGCACUUGAGCUUUGUAGCAAAGGGGCUGCUUUGGGGAACCCGUUUGAAGCUCCUGCUGAAGAAAUAGCAAGUGUGGCCAGUUUCAUUGAAACAAAGCUUGUCACAUGCUACCUGCGGAUGAGGAAGCCUGACCUCGCCCUCAAUCAUGCACACAGGAGCAUUGUUUUGAACCCAGCCUAUUUCCGAAAUCAUCUUCGUCAAGCAGCAGUGUUUAGAAGUCUGGAGAGGUACUCAGAAGCUGCCCGGAGUGCCAUGAUUGCUGACUACAUUUUCUGGCUCUGUGGGGGAAGUGAACCAUGCGUAAGCAGGCUCAUCAAACUGUAUUGGCAGGCCAUGAUUGAAGAAGCCAUCACCAGAGCUGAAGCUUUUUCCGUCAUGUACACACCAUUCGCAAUGAAAAUAAGAGCUGACAAAGUAGAAAAAGUAAAGGAGGUGUUCAGCAAAACUCACCCUGCUUAUGUGGAUUAUAUCUACACGGAUCUCCAAGGACUCCAUGUGUUGCCUCAGACAGCUGACUGGUCAUCCUUUCAACCCCAGCAAUAUCUGCUGACUAUUGGGUUCAAAAACAAAGAAGAUGGGAAAUUUCUGGAAAAAGUAUCUAACAGGAAGCUACCAAUCUUUACAGAAUAUAAAACUCCUUUCAGUCUGCUGUCCAAAGAAGAAACAGUGAGACACAUGGAGACAAUGGGGAAGCGAAUCUUGCCAGUAUUGGAUUUUAUCAGAGGCACCCAAUUGAAUGGGUGUCUCCGGGCAUGCUCAGGUGUGAUGGAGAAGCUACAGUAUGCCAGCCUCCUCAGCCAGCUGCAGAGAGUGAAGGAGCAGUCCCAGGUCCUCAAUCAAGCCAUGGCAGAGCUGGCAACUGUUCCCUAUCUACAGGACAUCAGUCAGCAGGAGGUGGACUUGCUGCAGUCACUAAUGGCAGAUGCCAUGGACACCCUUGAAGGAAGAAGGAGUGAAAAAGAACGUGUGUGGAAUACAAUGCAAAAGGUUGGUCGAAUUGAAGAUUUUCUUUAUCAACUAGAAGACAGUUUCCUAAAAACCAAGAAAUUGAGAACUGCUCGAAGGCAGAAAACAAAAAUGAAGCGGCUGCAGGCCAUGCAGCAAAGCUAGGUGCUGGAAGCAGGUUUCCACCAACACAUCCCAGAGAGAGGCCAGCAUCC